AUGUUCCAUGAGACUUUGCUGCACCUCUCAAAUCUACCAGAAGAGGAUGACGCGGACAACAACUGGGAUUCAACAUUGGGAAACGAUGCCGCGAGCUCGGCUGCUUCGAUUAGCUCGAGUAUCCUCGAGUAUCGCACCAUCAACGGCCGAACUUACCACAGUGAUUCCGUGACCGAUACAUCGUACUGGGGCCCCAAUUAUCAGAAGCAGAACAAUCAUCAUACGAUGACCAUUGCCUUGGAUGGCGAUCUCUUCAAGGCGCCCAUUACGGAGGAUCCCAAGAAUGCUCUUGACCUUGGCACAGACACAGGGUUGUGGGCAAUCGAUUUUGCCGAUAAAUAUUUGGAUUGCAGCGUGAUUGGCACCGACAUAUCCCUGAUUCAACCCACCCGAGUGCCUCCCAACUUACGGUUCGAAGUCGACGAUUAUAACAAGGAAUGGACAUGCAAUGCUAAUUUCUUCGACUUUGUUCAUAUUCACUGGCUCACCGGUACGGUCAAGGACUGGCAUACCCUGUACAAGGAGGCCUACCGCUGUUGCAAACCGGGCGGUGGGAUUGAGCAUAUAGAUGCAUCUGGUACUGUUUUAUCAGACGACGGUACAGUAGAGAAGGAUAUGGCUAUGGGCCAAUGGGGUAAGAUCUGGUAG